CGUUUUUAUUAAUCUAAUAAUAACAAUUCCAAAACCUAUAUAAACAACGGUAACAAGUAUAAGCGUUUUCAGAGUUUCUAGUUCUUCUUCUUCUUCUGCACGCGACAUAGCUAAAGAAGUUGCUACGAUGAAAAAUAUAGAGAGCAAAGAUAGAGAGUCUCAUGAGACGACCAACAUGUUUGGACAUACUGCGAGCACAAACCAGUUUGAUUUUCUUGAAAGAGUUGCUAAGCAGAAAGAAGAAGAAAGUAAGUUUCUUUCUCUUUUCGGGACCAGCCGGUCUCUUUUUGAGAAGCCUCCUGUGGAGACCAGCACAUCUCUUUUUGAGAAGCCUCAUAUGAGAACCAGCCCAUUUCUUUUUGGGAAGCCUCCUGUGACGACAAGCCCGUCUCUUUUUGAGAAGCCUCCUGCAACGACUAACUCGUUUCUUUUUGGGAAGCCUCUUGUGACGACAAGCCCGUCUCUUUUUGAGAAGCCUCCUGCAACGACCAGCCCGUUUCUUUUUGGGAAGCCUCCUGCGACGACAAGUCCGUCUCUUUUUGAGAAGCCUCCUGCAACAACUAGCUCGUUUCUUUUUGGGAAGCCUCCUGUGACGACAAGCCCGUCUCUUUUUGAGAAGCCUCCUGCAACGACUAGCCCAUUUCCUUUUGGGAAGCCUCCUGUGACAACAAGCCCGUCUCUUUUUGAGAAGCCUCCUGUGAAGACCAGCCCGUCUCUUUUUGAUUUCAUGAAGCCUCCUGUGAAGACCAGCCCGUCUCUUUUUGAUUUCAUUAAGCCUCCUGUGAGGACCAGCUCGUCUCGUUUUGAGAAGCCCGACUCGUUUCUUUUCGAGAAGCUUCCUGUGCACGAAGUGGAAAUUACUAAGAAGCAGAAAGUAGAGAGCAUAGAGGGAGAGCCUCUUGUGACGACCAACCCGUUACUUGCUGAGAAACCAGAAGUGGAAAUUGCUAAGGAGCACCAUUCAAAUAACAAAAAAGAAAUUGCUAUGAUGAAAAACGUAGAGAGCACAUAUGGAGAGCCUCAUGUGACGAUCAAUGUGUUUGCUGCUAAGAAUGAAGAAGUAGAAAAAGUUGCUGAGAUGAAGAACGUAGAGCGCACAAAUGGAAAGCCUCAUGUGACGAUCAACUUGUUUCUUGCUAAGAGGCAAAAAGUAGAGAUAGAGAGCACUGAGGGAGAGGAUCCUCAUGUUACGAUCAACGUAUUUCCUUCUAAGAAUGAAGAAGUAGAAAUUGCUAAGCAGCAAAAAGUAGAGAGCAUAGAGGGAGAGUCUCUUGUGACGACCAAACCGUUUGUUGCUGAGAAACAAGAAGUAGAAAAAGUUCUUUCUGUAAUGGAGGAUGCCAAAAAUGCCCUACAGUCGUCAAAGAAAAGGGCUGCUGAACGGGAGCUCACUCGAGACACUCCUCUUGACGAUGAGGAAGAUGACACUGACCUUGAAGCUGGAACUUUCAAAAAAGCCAGUGACGAGGUUCUGGCAACCAAAAGAAUAAUCAAAGUAUCACGUCGCCAACAGAAUAAUUCUGAUCCUUCUUCAAACCCUGUCGCUGGAAUACGCUUGGCUGCUCCCACUGUACCCACUGCCCAGCCUGGUGAAGAAGUUGCUAAUGCGAUGUCUUGGGGUGCCAGCGUACGUCCAGAACAUCAGGACAGUCUCUUUAAACAAUGGGGUGCCAGCGUACGUCCAGAACAUCAUGACGGUCCUUUUAAACAGGGUACGGUGUCUUGGGGUGACAGCGUACAUCCAAAACAUCAUGCCAAUACCAUUAAUGAAUGGGGUAGGGUGUAUUGGGAUGGCAGCAAACAGCAAUCUCAUUAAACAAUGGGGUGCCAUAUGUUGGGAUCAGAAAUUUUGAUUUUUGUUUUUUGAAAGGAAAACUUAUAGUAUUGAUUAUUAUUAUUAUGGUUCAAAGUAUCCCUUUUGAAGAUAUUGUCAAUGAUAUACAAUAUAUUUCAAUAUUGGGUCUACCACAGAUAUCUACAGUCACUACACAAUGAUCCCCCACACCCACAGUAUUGGGAUGUUGAGAUA